AACGAAGGCGCCUUCUGAUAACCUAGCGGGGUCCAGAAUAAUAAAAAAUAUCUAGUCCCGCCGAUAAAAGAUAACUCAUCGUGACCUAAACUAACGCGAGCAACGCAGUCGCGAUCCAACCCCCGCCGCGCCACCACGCUGUCAAAACGCGCGCUCAAUAAAAAACAAAACAAUAGACUAUGGUUCUUUGAAACUUCUUCUUUUUUAUUUUUAUUUCAAGCCAGUGUUUAGUUUUUUCUUCUAAAUGGAUCAGCAGAACAUGACAUCAGUGCCUUUGAUGCCAAAGGAGGAGGAAAAGGUGGUGGUUCUGACGCCCAGCCAUGGCGGCGUGGGCAAGAUCCUGGUGCGUGAGGAUACGGUGCUGGCGAACCUGCAGGGCUGCGCGGGGUGCGGACGGGCGCAGUUCAACUGCGGGGGGGUGCAGAAGCAGUGGUCAGCCCUGUGCUGGGGCAAGAAUAGCGGACGGAGUAACUAUUGCUUGAUCACGUUAUUAUCGACGAUAUUCACGUUGAGCUGCGUGGGCACCAUCCUGCUGUGCUGCACCAACGUCAUCCACGACGUCGUCGUGUCUAACAUGGUCCUCAAGAACGGUUCCAUGGCGUUCAAGAUGUGGCAGCGUCCAGCAGUCCUACCCCUGAUGAAGGUGCACGUGUUCAACUACAGCAACUGGGACCGAGUGAGGCAGGGGCUGGACACCAAGUUGGAGGUGCACGAUGUGGGACCUUAUGUUUAUGAGCAACAAGUGGAGCGCGUGAACAUCGCGUUCCAGAACGACAGCCUGACGUUCCAGGAACGCAACAGGUUCACGUUCCUGCCCGAGCGUUCUACGGGCGCCAUCUUGGAUAAGGUGUCGGUGCCGAACCUGCCGUAUUUGGGCGUGGUCUCGCUGGCCAUAGACAACCUGAACGUGUUCACCAAGUCGAUGCUGAACGCCGGCCUACAGAUGUCUAACCACCCCAACGCCUUCAUACACCUGCCUGUGCACAGGUUCCUGUGGGGCUACGAAGACAGUGUGAUCAGCGCCGCGCGGCCGCUGCUGAGCAUCCUGGGGCAGCUGCCCUUCGAGCAGUUCGGCCUGCUCGUCACGAAAAACGGCACAGUCCCAGAGCGUCUCACCAUCAACACCGGAGAAUACGACGUGGACAAAAUGAACAUCAUCGAGAAACUCGACGGCAAGCCCAGCCUGUCCUACUGGAGCAACCGGGAGUGCAACAGUAUCGAGGGCUCGGACGGGUCCAUGUUCCCGCCCUCGCUGCUGGACCGGCGCCGCCAGCUCAACGUGUUCUUCCCGAAGCUGUGUCGCCGGGUGCCCUUCCAGUAUGAGAAGGAUGUUGAGAGCGAAGAUGGCAUCCAGCUGCUCCGGUACCGGAUGCCAGCGGACGUGUUCGACAGCCCGCAGACCAACCGCAACAACCAAUGCUUCUGCAACAUCGACACCGGAGUGUGCCCCCCUAAAGGGGUUAUUAAUGUCACCGCGUGUUCUAUGGGAGUCCCAGCGCUGGUCUCGUUCCCGCACUUCUACCUGGGCGACCCGGCGCUGCGGGACGAGUUCACGGGCCUGCAGCCGGACCCGGCCAAGCACGACUCCUUCCUCGACAUACACCCGAAACUGGGCAUCAGCUUAAGCGGGAAGUCCAGUUUGCAGCUCAACAUUCAAGUGAGGAAAGACGACACCGGAAUGUUUACGGCCGUUAAAUGGUUGAAAAAGGAUCUGAUUCUGCCUGUUGCGUGGCUUGAAAUGUCUGUGGAAGAACUGCCUGAAAGUGUGAGAUCGCUGGUGUACCAUGGAACCUACUCGACAGCAGCGGUCCAACUAGGGCUCACCGCUACCUGCAUUGUCACCCUUAUUCUGUCCACGUUAGGGCUCAUUGUCCUUUACGCGCGAAGCAAAAAGCCCAAGCCUUGCGCCACAAUCAAGAAACUACCCAUCGAAACGGAGUUAAAAGUACAAAAUUCGUGAAAAUACAAUAGAUUUUUCGUUUGAAAAUCUGUAUUAAAACUGCCAUAGCUCUCUGUGAGUAAAGACUUUAUGGAAAGUGGCGCCGGCCGCCAUAUUGCGGACAAUUUGUUAACUAAAUGCUAUAAACAAACAGUACUGAAAACAUAAAUACCUACAGUGCUAAAUGGAUCCUUUGGAGUAUGAAAGACAUUAAAAUAAGGUGGCAUUUUAGUGCUUAUUUUUGCCACGCAACCAAAACUGGUUUCUGCGGCACUCAACAGUUUUUUUAAACGUACAUGUAGUACAAAAGGUGUUUUUUUUUCUUGGAAAUGUUACUAUAAAAAAAUGUUGAAAUUUUAUCAACAUUAACUAACUACAUAAUUUUAUUAAUUUUCUUUUGUCGGGUAAAAUACCAUUCCAUUAGUUUGUAAGGUCCUCAAAAAUACUUCGUCUGUAAAUAUGUUUUUUUAGUUUAUGUUUCUUUAUUUUAUUUUAUUUAGUUUACUGCAUGACAAAAAAUAAGUAAUUUACUUUAUAGUUUUAUUAAGAUAAAUUUUCCAGGCCCGAUCUAUGAACGAUUAAAUCUACAAAUACAAUAUUUUGUAAUGUAUUAAAUAUAAAUACUUACUUAAGUAAAAAUUGGUUAUUUUGAACUUUGUAAAAUAAAUCCAUCAAAGAAGUAAAAUUUGUCAUAGAUCUUCACUUUUCUCUCGAUUUUUUUAAAUAAUUUCCUACGUUUGUUAUAAGCGUUUUUUUAGAUAUUAUAAAUAUUAGUAUUAAGAAGAUAGCUGUAGAUAUUUUUGAUUAAAAAAAAAUUUUUGUAAAAAUUAAUACCAAACUACCUACUAAUUACAUACAUAAUUAGGCUAAGGGCUGUGUUAGAAUAAAAAAAUAUUUUGCCAUUACCUACCUUUUUAUGAAUAUUUUUCAACUUACUCUAUCACACAGUACAAAAUAUACCUACAUACUUUUACAGUGUUUUUAGUGUAGGUAUUUAUAAAAAGGCGCUCUAUUCGUAUUAGUACGAAACUUUAAAAGUGUCUCGAUUGCCAGUAACUCUAUAUAUUAUUAUUAUUGAUACAAAAGAAUCCUAAGUACAAUUUUUGGAAAUAUUUAGUCUGUUUAGGCUGUUGCAAAAGUAGUAAGCCGAAAGGGUUGGUGACUCAGGGGGUCAUUUUGUUCACAAUUCGCAUUUGGAACGGAAAUACUCAUUUUGCAACACACUGCAGCCUUUGAUAUAGACCAAAGGUUCAUGUCUUAUAUCUGAGAAAACUAUGACACUAGGUGGCGCUGUUAAAAGUGGCUACACAUCACAUUAUAAUAUCUAUGAUAGAAAAUGAUAUCAGAAUCUCAAAAUAAAGCCUACCUUAUUACAUGAGCUAUAAGUUUAGUUAAGUAUAUUUUGUUAUAUUAUGUAUUUAUAGAUUUUUUAUUUACAGUCAGUAAAGGAAUGUCUCUCAUUGUAAUUAUCAUUUUGUGUUUUAAGACGGUAAAAGUAAAGAGAAUUGUGCCUUAAUUA